AUGUCCAGACCGCACUCUACCUACCCCUCGGCGCCAUGGGCGUCCAGUAGCGAGCACCACAAGGCUCCCUCCCAUUACCACCAGCAACAGCACCAGGCGCAACAGCCUCACCUCGUUCACUCGGCCUACUCUGCAUCCGCUGGUCCUUCCACCUACCGCGCUCUCUCCAGCGGCCACGCAGCAUCAUCCAGCUCUGCGCCUCACCACUCGCAUGCCCCGGACACCUGGGCGCAUCGAUCUGUCUCCGCCUCUGGCCCACCCACCUCGCCUCUGCCACCCACAUAUGCUUCAGCAGUGCAGGGUAACACCAACACAUCGACCGAACAGCCCAUCAUCCGCACCACCCACGUCACCUCGGAUGGCACUACCAUCUACGCGGCCACAGGGCGCAAGCGCAAGCGUCUGCAAAAAGCCUGCGUCGCCUGCCACAAGGCCAAACGUCGAUGCGACGGCGGUCUGCCCUGCUCCAACUGCGACUUUAGCGGUCGCACUUGCUGCUAUUCGGACUCCAAUGGCAAGAUGGUGCUCCCCACCGCACGUGUGGCCAACGAAGCCGGUUCGUCUCCGGGUCCUGCUGGUCAUCCCGGUGCUAGCCUCCACCCUCCCGAGGCGCUCACUCCUACCUACGGAGCUAUCGCCUCGGCCUCCAGUCCCAACGGCAGCGAAAUCUCUGGACGCGCUCGCGCCAACACUCUAAGCUCCAAGUCGAGUCCCAUGUCGUUGCCUCGCAUGGAAGGAUUGCCCACCAUCGAUGAUGUCGCGCCUGAACGCAGGAGGGACCUCAUCAGCAUCUUCUUCUCCCAGAUUCACCCAUUCAGCUGCGUCAUGGACGAGAUCUCUUUCCUGCGCGACCUCUCCACCUCCGAGGUGCCCGCCUACUUGCUCAUGGCUAUGUUCGCGCUCGCUGCUCGCUUCGAGCAGGGAAUCAGCGAGGCUGAGCGCGAGCGUCGCUUUGCUCAGGGUGAGGCUUUUGCUCGCUCUGCCCGUCGCAUGCUCCAGGAGGAGGACCAGGAUGGCUUCACGCUUCUCGAUCGCCCAGACGUCGAUCUCGCCCUCACGCUCUGCUUCCUCGCCGCGCACGAAUUUGGCAUGGGCCGUCUUCAGCGUGCGCUGUCCUACUCGAACGACGCCGUGCGCAUCAUCGCCUCACUCAAGCUCGUCGAAGGUCAGCUGCCACCGGCCCGCAAGAACAACUAUGGGCGCGACUCGUUCGCCUCAUCGUCGUGGCCCCGUCGCGCCACCUGCGAGCGCCUCGUGCUGCUUGCGUGGACUCUCGACAUGACCCUCGCCGCCCUAGCCUCCCAGACAUCGAGUGUGCGCCGAUCGGAUGUUCUCGCUGCUGGUCGCAAGUUUGGCACCUCGGGUGACGAGGCGCGCGACGAUGUUACCAAGUCGUUUGCUCGCCUUGCCGAGAUCGCUACCGUUUUUGGUCUCGUGAUCGAUGCCAACGAGCCGUGCAGCAAGGGCGAGGAGGCGCUUCAGUCGUGGGCAGGUGCGCUCGUCGUCGAGCACAAGUUUGACGACUACAACAUGAAGUCGGCCAGCCGUCUGCUCGAGGAGCCCGAGGCGAGCGCCGCCUCGCAUCGCGCCUGGUUCUGGGCGCAGAUGCACCUAUUGGCAGAGUGCUCCGUCUUCCUCAUGGAAGCUCGUCGCGCCGGUGGCCCUCAGGCUGACCGAGGCCAGCAAAAGGCGGCGCUGGACAACAUCAACCUGAUCUUGUCGGUGCUCAGCAUCACGGGUCGCCGCAACCUGUUUGCCUUCCCUGCUCUGCUCAUCUGCACGCAGUACAGCCGCGCUGCGCCCGAUGCCUCGCGCUGGUGGGCCACGGCGCGUCAGUGCUGGAACAUGUCUGAGCAGCAGAUCGCCGACGCCGCUCGGUUUUUUGUCAGGCCCAGUAACGACGCCCCCUCCCCACGUCCAAGGGGCAUGGGAUCCGAUGCCAGUGAGUCGUUGAAGCUCCCAAGGCUGUCCAGCUCGUCUACUGGGAGCAACUCGGGACGAUCCAACGCUCUGCCUUCGAUCGGCAGGCUUCCGUUGCCAUCGCUGCGCCUCUCGCCUCCGCUGUUCCCCAAGGAGAACCGCUCGCCACGCAGCUCGUUUGGCUCCAGGAGCGAUAACGGUGCGGGCGACAACGACGGCAUGAGCAGUGGCAGCAGCCCGGACUCUUCCUCCAUCUCGCCUCGCUCGGCUCCUUUGGAGGUCGGUUCGGAUGAGUAUGUUUCUGUGAUCGCCAACCGCGGCUCGCGAUCGCCCCCGCUGUCGUCGCAGGCCUUUACCAAGGAUCCUCGCAGCUCCUGGUCGCCCAUCUCGUCGUUGCGUGGUGAGAAGCGCACCAUCUCCGCCAUUUCCACUUGA